AUUUUGGCAUGUUGCAAGCGACAUGCAAGCAUAACUGCAGGGACUGAUAUAACCUCAUAUUACAUUUAUUGGCCAAUUCUGAACUGUAUUAGGCACAAAACUGAAAUUACCUAAACAUAGUAUUAGAUUAGAUUGGCACACAAGGCCAAUAAGUAAGCACAAGUGAAAGCACUAGUGGAAGACAAGCAUCUCAAGAUCAAUUAGCAGCAUUAUGACGCAUUGAAGGAUACAAACAAACAAACAAACAGGCCAAGUUUGGAAAGAACAAAUCACAGUGAUUAUUUAUACCAUUAGAAAGGACAGGGACAAAACAAUCGAGCAGAAAUCUACCAAGACAGAAACGAUGAGUUUGAUUGCUAAUCUAGUAAAUGCUGUACUGGAGAACCUAACAACAAGCCUGGUAUUCCUUCUAGUCUUCUUAGUGUUAUGGUGGUAUUUCAAGCCAAGCCCCUAUCGCUUGCCCCCUUCACCUCCAUGCUUCCCUUUCUUUGGUAAUACCAGCAUCUAUAAAGCUGCAACCAUUGGCGAUGAUGAUGAAUUUGAGCUAUACUUGAAGUACAAAACCCCAAUUACAUAUAGGAAUUUUUUUGGACUGCAUGCAAUGCUGCUUCAUAAGUAUGACUUGGUCAAGGAGUUUUUCUCAAGUGAUAAGUACACUGAUCGACCUCAUCUGGCGAUUGAUGAAUUCGUAUUCAGAGGUUUGGUGGAUGUGUCAGGGCCAAGAUGGAAAGAGCAGAGAAGAUUUGCACUCUCUACUCUCCGAGACUUUGGCCUUGGGAAGAAUGAAAUCGAAUUGAAAAUCCAAGAAGAAAUAUCAAGUGAACUAUACGCUGCGUUUGAUGAGAAAAAUGGUGCACCGUUUAACAUGAACAGUCUCAUGGGUAUGGCGAUUUCUAAUAUUAUCUGCUCCAUGGUGUUCGGUCACAGAUUCCAAUAUGAUGAUACAACCUUCCAAAAGAUUUUACGACUUCAAAAUGAAAACACAGUAUAUAUACAGUGGGUUUUUCUUGGUAGUUUUGUCCCAUUUAGUGAUUGGAUACCUGGGGAUAUCUUUUGCAAAAAACGAUUAAUCAAUAAUCUCGAUGAGAUGAAAACGAAGAUUUUCAGGCCCGAAUUCAAGAAGCACAUGGAAAAGUAUGACCCAGAACACAUCAAUGAUUUCACAGAUGCGUUUAUCAAGGAAAUGAAGCAACGAGAAGAAAAUGGUGAUACAGAGCACUGGUUCACAGAGCAACAAUUAGAAUGGAACAUUGAGGACUUGUUUGCAGCUGGGACUGAGACAACGAGCAAUACUAUGAGAUGGGUUUUCUUGCGUAUGCUGCAUAAUCCUGAAGUCCAGGAGAGAGUCCGUCAAGACAUACAUAGAGUUAUUGGGAAAGACAGGCUCCCAUCAAUGAAAGAUAGACUAGAUCUACCAUACAUAGAGGCUGUGUUGUUGGAAUGCCAGAGGAAGCAUCAUGUCGUACCAUAUGGGAUUAGCCAUUCCAAUCUUGAUGAUAAUCCAAUCGAAUUUAAGGGUUACAUAUUUCCCCCUUCAACUACUACUGCUAUGAAUGUGUACACUCUCCACAAUGACCCUGAAUAUUGGCAUGAGCCUGAGAAGUUCAACCCUGACAGGUUCAUAAGAGAAGAUGGAAAGUUCCAGAAGGAUGAGCAUGUUGUGACUUUCUCAGUUGGAAAAAGAUCUUGUUUGGGAGAAUCGUUGGCCAGGCAAGAAUUAUUCUUGUUCUUUACUGGUAUACUGCAGAGAUACAAGAUAACAUUGCCUCCAGGAGAUCCUUUGCCCUCAAUGGAGAGAGUACCUGGUGUAACUUUAAGCCCAAAGCCAUACAAUGUAUGCUUUGUAAGAGACUAGCCACACAAUGUAUGCUUUGCAAGAGACUAGCCAUAGAAUGUAUGCUUUUUAAGAGACUAGCCACACAAUGUAUGCUUUGUAAGAGACUAGCCAUACAAUGUAUGCUUUGUAAGAGACUACCCAUACAAU